AUGUCGAAGGGUGCGGCGAACGUAAAGGCGCAGGUCGUGCGCAUUCUCAUCGCUGCGGGAAAGGCUGCCCCAACGCCUCCUGUGGGUCCUGCUCUUGGUGCUCGUGGUGUAAAGUCGAUGGACUUCUGCAAAGAGUUCAACGCACGAACGGCCCACCUUCAACCUGGUAUCCCGACCCCCACCCUCAUUACCAUACAGCCCGACCGAACCUUCUCUUUCGUCACAAAAACUCCGCCCGUCUCCUACUUCCUUAAACAAGCUGCCGGAGUUGAGAAGGGCACUAGCCGUCCCGGUCACGACAUAGUCGGCACAGUCAGUCUCAAGCAUGUGUAUGAGAUCGCAAAAAUAAAGGCUACCGACCAACAUCUCCAGCACCUCCCGCUGGAGGCUAUCGCGAGCACUGUCGUUGGUUCAGCCCGUACUCUGGGUCUACAGGUCGUCCCAUAA